UUCACUGAUGAAUUACAAAAAAAUAAAUAAAAAACUGACAAUAAAAAAUUAAUAAUUAAUAAAGUGAAUUUUUGGAAAAAAAAAAUAAAAGAAAAACUAAUAAUAAAGAAAUAUUGUGAAAAAAGUGCUUUUCCUGUGAAAACGGGAUAAAAUUAAAAAUUGGAGGCUAGGUCCUUAUCAUUUGAAUAACGGCACAGUAGCAGAUUUCUUUGGACUAAAAAAAAACUAAAUUUUUUGGACUGUGACUUGCAUGAAAAAAUUUCAACAAAACAAAAAUUUUAAAGAAAAAAUAAAAGAAAAGAAGAAAAUAUUCAUUCUUGCAUAAAAAAUAGUGCAGAAAAUAAUUAAAUAAAGAAAGAAACUUAUAAAAAAAAUAAACUAAUAGAAAAAAAAGUGCACAUGCAAAAAAAACUGAAUUGCGAAUAAAUCAUAUUUAGUGAAAGUACAUAGCAUUGAACUCUUGAUUUGUUCAAAACUAAAAAAAAAAAAAAAAUUUUUUUUUGAAAAGAAAAUGGAUUCCACAUUGAAAGUAACUGAAAAAGUCGAUGAAAAUAUGGAAUCUGCUGAAAUUGCAGCUCCGCCGCCAUCGCCAACAACAACAACGAGUCAUCAACAGAGCGAAAGUGAAAGUCCCGUACACGUUGUAAAAGUGCACGACGAACCCGCAACAGCAACUGUCGACACUCUAAUGAGUGAAAUAUCAAAAAAUACUGAGACAUUUAACGAAAUCGAAAGUGAAUUGGUGCAGUUGAAUCUGAGUGGCGCAACAACGGCAACUGUCUCAAACGAGUCGUUAAAUCGGGCAGCUGCCUCGCCCGAUACGCUCGAAGAAGCAAUCCGUCGCCAGCAACAAGAUAUCGUCUCGAUCAAAGAUUCCUUGAUGGAAAUCGAAGCUUCGGAAGACAUGGAAAUGGAUGAAGUUCCUUUAAAUGGCGACGAGGAAGAACCUGAUACUCUGUCGCCACUCCUGAGCGAUAAUCACACUCACAUUGUGCACUCGGAGAUGCUCGUCAAUGGACACUACUAUACCCCAAUAACGGCAGAAAAUGACGAAAUACAAGCGCCUCGAACUACAACUUGCUUAAACCCCUUGGCUCGUAGUUUUAUGAGACCUUCACCUGAAAAUCUUCAACACGACAGCAGCGACAGUGACUUGUCCUUGUCCUUUGAUCGAAAAAACACGAAUAGCAAUACCCAGGAUGGUAACAAUUCCUCCGAUGAAUUCAAUAAUAAAGAAGAUUCGGGAUGCGAAGUGAAAAAUGGACAAAAUUUGGAACACGUGACACAAGAAGAGCUUGAAGGACCUGUCGAAAUGCCUGAUGACGAAACAUGCCUCAAAAUCGUGGAACAAGUUGAAUUUUACUUUUCCGACGAAAGUUUGUUAAAGGAUGCUUUCUUACUGAAACAUGUCCGUCGCAACAAAGAAGGAUUCGUAAGUCUUAAACUCGUCUCGAGCUUUAAGCGAGUAAGGCAAAUUUGUAAAGAUUGGCGCGCCGUGGGUUUAGCCAUCAAAAAGUGCAGUCAAAAAAUCGAGCUGAACGAUUUAAAUACAAAAAUCCGUCGUUUAGAGCCUUUGCCAGACUACGAUGAAACACUGCCCUCCCGAACUAUCGUCGCCACAGGCUUACCUUUCGACAAACUCACCAUUGAAAAAGUCUCGGAACUCUUUUCGAAAUGCGGCGAAAUCGCAUUGGUUCGUAUUCUGCGGCCCGGAGGUCAAAUUCCCGCCGAUGUGCGUCAAUUUAUGAACAAGCACCCGGAAUUGCUGGAAAAUGAGUGCGCAUUGGUAGAAUUUAACGAAUCGGCAGCGGCGCGCGUCGCGCAACAAAUGGAAGGCUUGUACGUGCUCGAGUUGGUGCUCCCGAAGAAAAAGACUGGCAAAAAAUCGAAUGUCACAAAAUUGGUUGAGAACUUGAAGUACAGCAGUGAAAGUGACAGCGAACGUAAUCGCGGCGGUGAAAUUGCGCCAAAUGCGCGUUUCCAUCUGAAACGAAAUAAUUCAGCUUUUUAUGUCAAGCCCGAACAAAAUACUUAUAUACCACCGCCGCGUCGCAUGUCUUUUGGCAACGACAAUACAAGUAGCAACGCAUUCGAGCAUUUCCAGAAUAAACGUUUCCAAAAUAUGAUGCAACAACAACAACAACCUCUCAUGAUGCCACAGGAACGACGAUAUUCCACGUGCAGCGAUGCUUAUAACAAUUUUGACAAUGGAUCACGUCGCAGUUCACUUUGCAGUAGCGAAUUGUCACGACGUUACUCGACUUGUUCGCAGGACCAACAACAGAUGGCGCCACAAGGUUUGCGUCGUUACAGUAAUUGCUCGGAUUUUUGUUCCUGUAGUCGACGUGCGAGUCAGGCCUCAGACAUGGGCUUCCGUCGUAUCUCCCAAACCUCAAUGGGUUCAGAUGGGAGAAAGUUUUCCGCGGGAUCUUCUUAUAGUACCGGAAGUGGUAGUUUCCAAGAUCGCCGCUUCUCGAAUGCGAGCGAUAUGCGACGAAUUUCCGUUGAUUCGAUGAACGGUUAUGAGAGAAAGAUCUCAGGCGGAUCGAUGGGCUCUGGGUUUGAGCCGCAUAGUCCGCGAAAAUACUCGAAUGGCUUUGAUCCGUUCAGAAAACUCUCGAAUACAGAUCAAUAUUACAUCGAUCGAAAUGGAAGACGCAUUUCGACUGAUAGCGGAUAUGAUCGUCGAAUGUCCUUCGGAUCGGAUGUCAGUGGGGUUCAACAGCAGAUAGUACCGCAAUCGCCUGUUAUGCCUCGUCAGAGAAGCAAUAGUAUCUUUAAUAGUGAAGCUGUGGUAAGAACGCCCAUUGGACCUGAUGGCAGUAAGGGAUUUGUCAGGGCACGACGCUUCGGGCAGGUUAUUCCGCCUGUUUAAGUCCUUAAGACAUAAAAAUUAAUAGAAAAGAUGCCAAAAAACAGCCAGCCCUUUAAAAAGAAAACGUAACAGACACACUUUCAGUAACGGAUUUAAUUUUUUUUAAACCUUAAGUUUAAAAAAAUUUAAGGUUUUAAAAAAAAUUAAAUUCGUUAAAAAAUAUUGCUUGGUUUGAAUUAAUUGGAAAAGAUUUAAACCUGAAAAAUUAAAAAAAAAAAAUUAAAAGUUUAAAAAAAAAUUUUUUUAAAUUUAAAAAAAAAAAAAAAAAUUUAAAAAAUUUAAAAAAUUUUUUUUUUUUAAAUUUAAAAAAAAAUUUUUUUUAAUUUUCUGAGGCUCUAAAUUUAAUCCAGAUCCAUCCGCCACUGCACAGAAGCACAGAAAACUAAAAAAAAAGAAAACUGUUUCAAGAACACUCGUACAAAAAAAAACAUAAUUAGAACGUCAUCAUCACCGUGUGUCUGUGUACAAGAGAAAAAUCUUCAAAUUAAAUCAUUUAUAAUUAAAUUAAAACGAACCUAUGAUGACAGAAUAAAAAAAAGUGUUUGUCGCACUCGCAAAAUAAAUAAAAAAAAAAUAAAAUUAAAUCAAGGUAAUAAUGACAUCGCGCGCGAGACCUGAUUGAGUCACACGUUCAAUAGAUAAAUUCAUAAAUAGAUAGAAUGAUUCAAUAAAAUCAGGGACACAGAAAAUUAUAAAAUACAAAAAAAAAAUGUGUCGACGCGAUUUUAACAACAAUUUAGUCCUUCAUCGGAUUUUAUUUUUAUUAUUAUGAUUUUUUUUAUUUUUUUACGACAACACACAAAUUUGUAAAACAAACAAAAAAAAAUCUUGAAAAAAAAUUAGAACUUAGGUGCCCUUCAUAACUUUUCUUUAAGUACCUAGAUGAUCAUAAUUUCUUCUGUAAAUAAACUCAUAAAAAAUUUAUUCUUAUAAAAAAAUAAUAUGCUGGGAAAAUGCAACAGUGUUGCUUCAUACAACAACACGAAUGAUUAAUUUUAAGAUAUUUUUAUUAUUCUAUAA